AUGGAUAUCCUCAAGUCACUUGUGCAGCCCCUCGUCGGCGGCGUCGGAGGCUCGUCGAUGGUUGACGGCGUCAAGCUCGUCGUCCUCGGUGGCACCGUCGAGACCGCAAGGCGGAUGGCCAGCUCAGGCUGGUCGCACUUCAUCAACUCCUUUUUCCUUACAGCGCACUUCUCUGAGGAAGAUUGUCCGUAUGACUGGCUGAUGCUAUGGCUGUCCCGUCGUCCUGAGUGGCAGCGCUCUCGUGAGUUCGAGACGACGACCCGCACGACCAACCACGGCCUGGGGUCGGCAAUCGCCGACAACUCGUUCGGCGACGAUGAUGACGACAAAGAUGAUGACGCACCAGGCAAAGUGAAGACGCGGGUCGUCUUCCAGCCUACCCCAGAUACCACGCACACCAUCUACUACAGAGGCCACUGGCUACGUGUCAAGCGUUGGAGAAAGGUUGAAACCGGAUACGAUAUGUUGUCCGUAAGCGUCGUCGCGCGCAACAACUCCAUCUUGAAGCAGCUAGUGCUGCAGGCCAAGAAGGAGUAUGAGGCUGAAGCCGUGCACAGAAUCCAAAUAUACUUUGCUGAUUCGCACGGCUCUUGGCGUUGGACGGACUCCCGCCAUAAGCGACCCAUGUCGUCUAUUGUGCUGAACCCAGGCGUGAAGGAGAUGCUCCUAUCAGACACCAAGGACUUCCUCAAGUCGGAGAAGUGGUAUGCGGAUCGUGGCAUCCCCUUCCGACGAGGAUACUUGUUGUACGGUGUGCCAGGCUCUGGAAAGAGUUCACUGAUCCAUGCGAUCGCUGGAGAGCUGAUGCUGGACAUCUAUGUCGUGUCGCUAUCGUCAUCAUGGAUUAACGACAGCACGUUGACUACACUGAUGGGUCACGUGCCUGCAAGAUGCAUAGUGUUGCUCGAAGACCUCGAUGCAGCGUUCACGAGAAGCACUUCAAGAGACGACGCAUCGAACGGCAGUCCAGAAGGAGGCGACAAGGAAGUCAGCACUGCAGAGACAGCAGAGUCGCACGGUCGUCACAAGCGACAUAAGGAACAACUGUCGGAUGUCAACACCUUGAGUCUAAGUGGAUUGCUGAACGCCCUUGAUGGUGUUGCUGCAUCCGAAGGACGCAUCUUGUUUGCAACGACAAAUCAUUUGGAUCGUCUCGACCCUGCACUGUCGCGUCCCGGGCGCAUGGAUGUAUGGAUUGAGUUCAAGAACGCAUCGAAGUGGCAGGCUGAGCUUCUCUUCCGCAACUUCUUCCCCUCGACGGACGAAGAUAACGUCGUCCUCGAGGGUGAGCUCGAAGGCAUCGAGCUUCCCACACCGUCGUCGCCUUCUGUCGAGUCCUCAUCAGGAUUCUCGAGCCUAUUAUCGUUGCCGUCAACGCCCACAUCGACAACGCUUGGCUCACUAUCGUCCGCUUGUUCGACGCCGGAGCGAACACCAUCUAAGGGCAAGUCGAAAGUGGUACACGUUGACAACGGUAUGAAGGACCAAGCGUACCUUCCGCCCCCUGUUGACGAUGAAAUUGCCCAACACUCGGCGAAGCCGCUGGACAGCGCCACAUUGGCGAUGCUUGCGAAGAAGUUUGCGGAUGCGAUUCCCGAAGAGGAAUUCAGCAUCGCGGCGCUGCAAGGCUGUGAGUCCCCGUUCCGUAUUCGCUGA